AUGCCUGAGUUGAUUGACAAGGCAUCCAAGAUCGAGAGGAGACUUAAGAGGAGGGGUAACCCUCGUAACCCUAACUUCUCGGCCACGCCUGUGUGGAGGGGCAAUCCGACCUUCGAGCGGGAACGGCCUAGUCCAGGGGUGUCCAAAUUUACUCCUAAGACCGAGCCACCCAAGCCAGCCCCAAAGGCAACUCCAAGGCCUCCAUUCGACUCUUCCAAACCACGAAGCCGCGACAAGUGCUUCAAAUGCCAAGGAUUUGGGCACAUUGCUUCCCAGUGUCCCAAUAGGCGUACCAUGAUUGUCCUACCAAGCGGAGAUGUCGUAUCUGACGACGAGGACGAGUUCGCCGAGAUGCCUCCAUUGAUUGAAGAAGGCGAAGAUUCCGAGGAGGAAGUUGAGGCCACUACGGAGCAAGUGGGUGUUGCUCUAGUAGCUCGUCGGGCUCUUGCAACCCAAGUCAAGAAGGUGGAUGAGGCCCAACGUGAUAACAUCCUCUACACACGAUGUCACGUCAAGGGAAGAGUAUGUAGCCUCAUUAUUGACGCGGGUAGUUGUACCAACGUGGCAAGUACUCUCAUGGUGGACCAUCUUUCUUUGCCCACAUUGAGACACCCAAACCCAUACCGCUUGCAAUGGCUCAACGAGAGUGGUGAUAUCAAAGUCACCAAGCAAGUGGUGGUGCCUUUCCGGAUUGGGAAAUAUGAGGACCAGGUUCUUUGCGACGUCAUUCCCAUGCAAGCUUCUCAUAUUUUGUUGGGACGGCCAUGGCAAUAUGACAAGAAGACUACGCAUGAUGGCUUCACCAACAAGUAUUCCCUCUUGCACCACAACAAGAAAAUGACACUGGUGCCUCUCACGCCCCAGCAGGUGCAUGAAGACCAACUGCGGUUGCAACAGGAGCAUGAGCGAGAGUUGGUCAAGAAAUCCAAUGACUCUAAAGCAAUCAUUAAAGCACCAGCCAUGAAGACAUCCACACCUAGUACUUCUAAGCAACUGGACAAGCGUCCAAGCUUGCUUGCAAAGAACAGGGAAGUUCGCAAGUUACUUUUAUCCAAGCAAAUUGUUUAUGUCUUAUACUGCAAGGAAGUGAUUCUACUCUCCCAUGAGGCACUGACUGAAUUACCUCCUGAAAUUUCUUCUCUGUUGCAGGAAUUUGAGGACGUUUUCCCAGACGAGAUCCCAAGUGGACUACCCCCACUUAGAGGGAUCGAGCACCAGAUAGACUUCGUCCCUGGAACAGCCUUGCCGAAUAGACCAGCCUACAAGAUGGGCCCUGAAGAGACUAAGGAGAUCCAGAGGCAAGUGGACGAGCUCUUAGAGAAAGGUUGGGCUCAAGAGAGCGUGAGCCCAUGUGCAGUUCCCGUCAUCCUCGUUCCAAAGAAAGAGGGCACUUGGAGGAUGUGUAUGGACUGUCGCGCCGUCAACGCUAUCACAGUUAAGUAUCGUCACCCUAUACCUCGAUUAGAUGAUUUGUUUGACGAAUUGUAUGGUGCAGUCAUAUUCACCAAGAUCGAUCUUAAGAGUGGCUACCAUCAAAUUCGAAUGAAGGAAGGGGACGAGUGGAAGACGGCCUUCAAGACUAAGUAUGGUCUGUAUGAGUGGUUAGUUAUGCCGUUUGGUUUGACUAACGAGCCUAGUACAUUUAUGCGUCUUAUGAAUCAUGUGCUCCGUCCUUUCUUAGGUAAAUUUGUUGUUGUUUAUUUUGACGAUAUUCUGAUCUACAGCAAGAGUCCUGAGGAACAUGUAGCACAUGUACGAGCUGUCCUUGCGGUUUUGCGUCGGGAGAGGUUAUUUGCCAACCUAGGCAAAUGUACUUUCUGCACUAAUGAGCUUGUUUUCCUUGGUUAUAAGGUUAGUGCACAAGGCAUUAGAGUGGACGAGAGCAAGGUCCAAGCCAUCAAUGAGUGA